AUGGGUCUUCCUCUAAUGAUGGAGAGAUCAUCAAACAACAACGACAACAAGAACAACGUCGUCGAGCUUUCUCGAGUGGCGGUUUCAGACACACAUGGUGAAGACUCACCUUACUUCGCCGGCUGGAAAGCUUACGACGAAAACCCUUACGACGAAUCUUAUAACCCUUCCGGUGUCAUUCAAAUGGGUCUCGCUGAGAAUCAGGUCUCGUUCGAUCUUCUAGAAAGUUACUUGGAGAAAAAGAACCCAGAAGGUUCGAUGUGGGGAUCCAAAGGAGCACCAGGGUUCAGAGAAAACGCACUAUUCCAAGACUACCAUGGUCUCAAAUCUUUCAGACAAGCCAUGGCUAGCUUCAUGGAGCAGAUUCGAGGAGGUAAAGCUAGAUUUGAUCCUGACCGGAUCGUCCUCACCGCCGGAGCCACCGCUGCUAACGAACUCUUAACUUUCAUCCUCGCUGAUCCCAACGACGCCCUUCUCGUCCCCACACCGUAUUAUCCAGGAUUCGAUAGAGAUUUGAGAUGGAGAACCGGAGUGAAAAUAGUACCGAUCCAUUGCGACAGCUCGAACAAUUUCCAGAUAACCCCAGAGGCGCUCGAGUCAGCAUACCAAACGGCUCGUGAAGCCAACAUUAGAGUCCGAGGAGUGCUCAUAACCAACCCAUCGAACCCAUUAGGCGCGACGGUCCAAAAGAAAGUUCUAGAAGAUCUCCUUGACUUCUGCGUACGCAAGAACAUUCACUUGGUCUCAGACGAGAUAUACUCCGGCUCGGUCUUCCACGCCUCCGAGUUCACCAGCGUCGCUGAGAUCGUAGAGAACAUCGAUGACGUGUCAUUCAAGGAACGUGUCCACAUCGUCUACAGCCUCUCCAAGGAUCUUGGCCUUCCCGGUUUCCGAGUCGGAACUAUAUACUCUUACAACGAUAAUGUUGUGCGGACAGCGAGAAGGAUGUCGAGUUUUACGCUUGUUUCGUCUCAGACACAACACAUGUUGGCUUCUAUGUUGUCCGAUGAGGCGUUCACGGAGAAGUACAUAAGGAUAAACCGGGAAAGACUUAGAAGAAGGUACGAAACAAUUGUGGACGGGCUUAAGAAGGCAGGGAUCGAGUGUUUGAAGGGAAACGCAGGGUUGUUCUGUUGGAUGAAUUUGGGUUUCUUGCUCGAGAAGAAAACAAAAGAAGGUGAGCUCGAGCUUUGGGAUGUGAUCUUGAAGGAGCUGAAGCUAAAUAUAUCUCCGGGAUCUUCAUGCCAUUGCACGGAGUUUGGAUGGUUUAGGGUUUGUUUUGCUAAUAUGAGUGAGAAGACUUUGGAGCUUGCGUUGAAGAGGAUACAUGAGUUCAUGGACAAACGAAGAAGCUUUUGA